GGCAGCGGUGGCGACAUGAGCAGCGGGGCGGCGUCCGGGACAGGGCGGGGGCGGCCCCGGGGCGGGGGGCCGGGGCCCGGGGACCCCCCACCCAGCGAGACACACAAGCUGGUGGUCGUGGGCGGCGGCGGCGUGGGCAAGAGCGCGCUGACCAUCCAGUUCAUCCAGUCUUACUUCGUGUCUGACUACGACCCCACUAUUGAAGACUCCUACACGAAGAUCUGCAUGGUGGAUGGCGUCCCAGCCCGGCUAGACAUUCUGGACACUGCUGGCCAGGAGGAGUUCGGUGCUAUGCGGGAACAGUACAUGCGCGCCGGCCAUGGCUUCCUGCUGGUGUUUGCCAUUAAUGACCGGCAGAGUUUCAACGAGGUGGGCAAGCUCUUCACGCAGAUCCUCCGAGUCAAGGACCGAGAUGACUUCCCCAUCGUGUUGGUCGGGAACAAGGCAGAUCUGGAGACACAGCGCCAGGUCCCCCGAUCUGAAGCCUCCACCUUCAGCGCCUCCCACCACGUGGCCUACUUCGAGGCCUCAGCCAAACUGCGCCUCAAUGUGGACGAGGCCUUCGAGCAGCUGGUGCGGGCCGUCCGGAAGUACCAGGAACAAGAGCUCCCGCCCUGCCCUCCCAGCGCCCCCAGGAAGAAGGACGGGGGUUGCCCCUGCGUCCUCCUGUAGGGACGGGAGAGGAGCAACCGGCACGAGCUCUCGGGACCAGCCGCCCUCGCCGAGCUUCUUUCCCCAUCUGGGUCUCCCAGGAACACUACACUCCCACCCGUGAUUCCUGGCCUCCUCCAGGGGCCAUCACCACUGUGUGCCUUCUGCCACCGCCUCCUUCCCCCACCCGAGCCCCAGGGUGAGGGCUCCCGGGCAUCCGGGUCACUGCUGUAUAUAACUCCCCUCCCCCAGAGAAAUAAACGUCACUGCCAAGGUCA